GUCUCCUUAAGCCCUCAUACACACGCGUUUGUACCGUGCGAUCACCAACUCUGACGUUUGACUUCGCUCUCUCUCUCUCUCUCUCUGUGAGGAUCCGUCGCUAACCCACCACUGCGCAGCACACCGCUUUCUUUGCGUCCUUUUGGUGAUUCUUCUCCCACGAAGCAGCACCACAACGCCUGGAUUUCUCUGAAAAGGAGCAACAAGCGACUCGAUCCACAUCGGCCUUUUCUCCCCUGCGCUAGUUACUAUCCCUCUCUCCUCAUCAUUACGGCAUCGUCAUCAUGCAGUGGAUCGACAACUGGGGUGCCACCAACUACGACGGCUACGCAUUCAAGCAGUGGCUGCUGGAGAACCAUGAUAUCGCCAUCUACGUCUCCUUCGCCUACCUCACCUUCGUCUUUGAGGCGCCGAAGCUGGUGUCGAAGUAUCUGAAUCUGCCGGCGAACGCGAAGACCAGUCCGCUGGUGCCCAUCAUUAACAAGUGCUGGGCGGUCUGGAACAUCCUCCUCUCCGCCUUCGCCUUCUACGGCACGACUCGCACCCUGCCGGUGGUCAUCUACAACCUCAAGACGUACGGCCUGCACGACACCCUCUGCACCUUCCGCCCUGAUGAGUUCUACACCUCCGACGUCGGCGUGGCGCUCGGCCUCUUCACCAUGUCGAAGGUGCCGGAGUUCGGCGACACCUUCUUCCUGGUGAUGAAGGGCACGAAGCUGCGCUACCUCUCCUACUUCCACCACACCGCGAUGUUCCUUUACGUUUGGCUGUCCUACGAGACCGGGAGCAGCACGCUGAUCUGCGCCGCCGCCAUGAACUACUUUGUGCACACCAUCAUGUACUUCUACUUCUUCCUGUCGGAGGCUGGCUUCAAGAACAUCGCUCGCCCGUUCGCCAUGUACAUCACGAUGCUGCAGCUCGUGCAGAUGAUGGGCGUCAUGUUCGUGUCCACCUACGUGCUCGUGCAGAAGUACGUUCUGGCGGGACAGGGGAUCGUGGAUGGCAUGGAAGGCUCCUGCUCUGGCACCACCUCCGCGACGGCUCGCCUGCAGCUGUGCAUCUACACCGCUUUCCUGUACAUGUUCGGUCAGAUGUUCGUGAACAAUCACAUGCGCCCCCGCGUGGAGCACAAGAAGGCCGAGUAA